AUGAAUUGGGUCUGUACAGCUUGUAAGACCGGCGGACGACGAGCGGUCCAGCCACAGAAGCUCAGAAGAACUUUCGCAGUCUCCUCGGCCGCCCAUAGCCCCCUUCCCAAGCCCCGGUUGGACUACAAAUACGUUCGCGACAAUGCGGAAUUAGUCGAGAAGAACUGUGUAGAUCGAAAUUUCGCAAAGGCAGCACCGAAUGUGGCAAAGCUCGUUGCGUUCUACGAUGAUUUUACCGAGAAGACAAGGGGAUUGAACAACAUGCUCCGACAACGAAAUGCGUUAACGGAUCGCAUCAAAGCGGCUCCCAAUGGCAAAAAGAAGGAACUAGUACAGGAAGCCAGCAAGCUUAAAGCGCCCAUUCAAGCGCAGGAGCAAGCAUUACGGGAUACAGAAGCACAACUCCUCAACACAGGAUUGACGCUACCCAACACGACCCACCCCUCCGCACCCCUCGGCCCCGAAGAAAACGCAAUAACUGUCGAUCUCCUCAACCCCUCCUCCAAGCUUGACACUCCUAACCUCAAGGACCACGUCACCAUCGCGCAGGACCUGGACCUCGUCGACUUCACCGCCGCAUCCCGAGUCUCAGGUGGCUCAUGGUACUACCUCAAAAAUUCCGCAGUCCUCCUCGAACAGGCCCUCAUCAACUACUCCCUCCAAAAAGCGAUCUCAAAGGGUUUCAUGCCAGUGAGACCACCCGAUGUCGUGAGAACUGAAGUCGCUGCGGCAUGUGGAUUCAGACCCAGAGAGGGCGCGGCAGAUGACCAGACAUACCGCGUCUCACACGGAUCAGCUGACAAUACUGUCGACCUCUGCCUAGCCGGAACCGCCGAAAUUCCCCUCGCAGGUCUCGAAAUCGACACCAUCUUCCCCGAAUCAUCCCUCCCCCGCCGCGUCGUCGGUGUCGGCCGCGCUUUCCGUGCGGAAGCAGGCGCAGGCGGACUCGAUGCCAAGGGCCUCUACCGUGUGCACGAGUUCACCAAGAUCGAACUCUUUGCGUGGACAGAACCCCACGCAUCAGACGCCAUGCUCGAGGAAAUCCGCACACUUCAGGAGGAAAUCGUCUCAGAACUUGGCCUCCACGCCCGUGUCCUCGACAUGCCGACCCACGAACUCGGCGCAUCCGCAUACCGCAAAUACGAUAUCGAAGCUUGGAUGCCUUCCCGUGGCUGGGGUGAAGUAUCCUCUGCUUCGAAUUGCACAGACUACCAGGCACGGAGGUUGAAUACGAGAUAUAGGACGCAGGAUGGGUUGAAGUUCGUACAUACGCUGAAUGGAACGGCCGUUGCGGUGCCAAGGAUGAUUAUUGCGAUUUUGGAGAAUGGGCAGACGGAGGAUGGGAGAGUGAGGAUUCCUGAGGUGUUGCGGCCGUUCAUAGGUGGUGCGGAGUUCAUUGAGAAAAGGUAA